UGCACUCUCUGAAGAUAGCAAUUGUGUUGUUUCUUUUUUCCUUGAAAUUUCAUUCAUUUAUUUAUUUUGUUAAUUUCUUCUUCCUCGUCUUCUUAUAUCUACUACUGAUAAUGCAAUCAUAUUGGUGCAUGUCAUAAUCUCAACGAAGGGCUUCUUCUGUGCCAGAAACAAUGUUUGUACCCAUCCUGUAUGUAGAUGAUUAUGCUUGAAGGUGCAAAGGCAACAACAGAAACUGUAGAUGCUCUGAGGACAGGAGCAUCAGCAAUGAAGUCUAUCCAGAUCUCUUUGUAUCAAGACCCAGUAUGCAUGAUGAUUGUUUUCUUGAAGGAGCUGUGGCUAGAUGUAAAGGACUCAAAUUUAUUUCAGAAACAGAUUCAUUUCCAACAGCUGAUAAGCUAUUCCGAAAUAAAAUUUGGGUUGGAACAGUCGAAGGUCUUCCUGUCUAUUUCAUUGAGCCUCAUCAUCUGGCUAAAUUCUUCUGGAGAGGACAGUUUAAUGGAGAGAAUGAUGAUUUCAAGUGUUUUUCAUUCUUUAGUCGUGCAGCACUUGAAUUGCUUCUUCGAGCUAGCAAGAAACCAGAUAUAAUCCAUCGCCAUGAUCGGCAGACAGCAUUUGUUGUAUGCACUGGCAACAGUUAGAAUUUCACUAGUUCCUUUUCAUAAAUAAUUUCUGAUGUUUUUUCCCCCCUCUAAUAAGUAAACUUGGCUUCUCAGGCACCACUCUAUUGGGAUUUGUAUGCUCCUAGAGGUUUGAAUACGGCUAGGAUUUGCUUUACAUGCCACAAUUUUGAGUAUCAGGGGACAACACCUGCUUCAGAGUUGGCACCCUGUGGCAUUGAUGUUCACCAGCUGAGUAGACAUGAUAGGAUGCAGGAAAAUGCAUCACAUGAUAGAGUCAAUCCAAUUAAGGUAAUUGAUUUCAAUGGUUCAUUUGAAUUAAGAAAAAGGCAUCAAGGUGAGAUGUGUUUUACAUGUUCCCAUUCUUUAGGGAGGUUUGAUUGGAUUACUGCGUGGGAUAGAGAAAUUUGAUUCUUCAAAAGGGUACAAAAUAUCAACUUAUGUAUAUUGGUGGAUUCGUCAGGUUUCCAUCUCCUUUUAUUGUCAAAUGAUCCAGCAACUGAAGUAUAGAAGCCUCAGAAGAACCAGCUCCUACUACCAACAUCACCCAGCCAACUAGUACAGAAGAUAGACUCUGUUGCAAGUUCUAUUAUCAAUAUUAUUUCCACUCUUUAAGUUCUGAACAUAAAGAACAUCAUUGUUGUUAUUUGCUGCAAAUUUAUUUAUUUAUUUAUUAUAUAUUUGUGGUUCUUUUUUU